AUGAGUGGGUCAAAGAGAUACAAUGAAAAGGUAGACAUUGGUAUGGAUAUGGAAGAAAAGGAAGAUGUUGGUAACAGAAAGAAGGCAGUGCAUGAACCACAUUCAACAAAAUCUCCCAAGAGAAAGAAGGGAAAAGUAGAACAUGGGAAUGCGAAUAUUAAAAAGAUGGAGGGCAAGGUUAGAAAAGUAAGUCAGGAGCAGCCAGUAGGUAUAAGAAGACUUGCAACUAGGAUGACUCCUAGAAGGGUUAGUGCAUCUGUGAAAUUAAUGUCCCUUACACAGAUAUAUGGAAUUUUGUCUAUGGGUUUUGUUUCACUUAUGAAUAUUGACAUGGACACUACUCCGAGGUUACUUAACUACUAUCUCUUAGAUCACUAUGACCCACAGAGUAACCGUCUAGUUCUAAAGAAUAAUGUGAUCACAAUUACAAAAAAGACAGUGCAUAACAUGUUGGGGUUACCAAAUGAUGGGAAAGACUUCUUGAACAUGGAUAGUUAUGAGAAAGAUAAUCUGGUGUAUGUGUAUAACACAAACUUCUCAGGCGUCAAGGUAAUGAAAAGUUUACCGUUUGUCAAACAUGUUACGGGUGAUGUUCUUCAAAAAAUUGAGAAGUUGGAGAUUAGUGUUGGAGGGUUUGGAAGGCAACUACAUAAAAACUUUGAAAAUGUUGAAGUUGAUGAUGAAAUGAUGGAUGAAGCUGAAAUGUUGGAUGGGCUUAAGAACGACUAUGGGGAUGAGGAGGCUUAUGUGGCUGUUAUCGAGCAUAGUUAUGGAAUAAUCUUGUCCGAAAAGAAGAAUAUUCAAAUGACUUUGAAAGAUGGAAUGGAAAAAUUACGAAACAGUUUGAUGUUGAAGGAGUGUAACAAAGGAGAGGCUGAUGGUAGUAAUGAAGGUGGAAUCUCUCUGGUUAGAGGAUUGGUAGUUUAUGUUGGUAAAAAGAAUGAUGGUGGAGAUUUCAAGGCUAUCGCAACACAUGACCUUUGGGUAUGGAAUGCAUUCUUUGGUCCAACUAGUGCAAACAAUAACAUCAAUGUUCUGGACCAGUCACCGGUAUUCAACGAUAUCUACUUUGGAAAGUCGCACGAUAAACCUUUUCAAGCAAAGGUAGCAUAUAAGCGUGGAUACUAUAGUACAGACGAUAUAUAUCCUCCCUUGUCUGUUUUUGUAAAAUCGUUUACAUAUCCUAAUGACCCGAAAAGGAAAAAGUUUAAAGAGGCACAAGAGUCAGCUAGGAAGGAUGUGGAGCGAAAAUUUGGUGUACUUAAGAGACGUUGGCAAGUACUAGGAGUCGGGGCAAGGUUAUAUGAAGUGAAAAGGUUACAACAUGUAAUGUAUGCAUGUGUCAUAUUGCAUAAUAUGAUUCUUGAAGACGAAGGAAGAACUAUAUGUCGGUACAAAGGAAAUGAAUUUUUAUCAAAUCUCGAAGGAGUAGCCAUUGGUACACAAGAGUAUAGGGCAAAUAGAAGAGAAGUACACAAUUACGAUACUCGUCAUGCACUUUGUGCUGAUUUAGUGGCACACGUUUAUAUGACUCAUAUUUAG